AAAUGGUAGUUAUUCAAUGAAGAAUGAGCAAAUUAUCUCUACUCAAAUCCUCAACUCCCUCUGCAAGGAUAAUCUCAAAUCCUAAUCGUUCGUUAAUUCCAACUAAUAAUCUUCUUGGACACCCACCAACUGCCACCUCGCUCUCGCUGCUCCUUCAAUCUUACAUAAACUCAGACACCCCUUUCCAUGGCCAAAAGAUUCAUACCCAUAUUAUCAAAACUGGGUUCCCAUCCAAUACAAACAUUUCCAUAAAACUUCUCAUUUUGCAUUUGAAAUCUUCUUGUUUGUUAUAUGCGCGCCAAGUGUUCGACGACCUGCGUCAACCAACUCUGACCGCUUAUAAUUACAUGAUAGCGGGGUAUACAAAACAUGGUCAAGUGGGAGAGUCGUUUAAUUUGGUUAGAAGGCUUGUCUCGUGUAAUGAAAAGCCGGAUGAAUAUACAUUUUCCAUGAUUUUGAAGGCUUCUACCAGUGAUAGUGUAUUGCUUAAUGGAUGUUGGAUUGGAAAGGAGGUUCAUGGCCAGAUUAUGAAAUCUUAUGUUGUAGUGGAUGAUGUUCUUUCUACUGCUUUGGUGGAUUCGUAUGUGAAGAGUGGGAGGGUCGAUUAUGCUAGGAGAGUGUUCGAUUUCAUGAUGGAAAGGGAUGUAGUUUGUUCUACUUCACUGAUUUCUGGAUAUAUGAGACAAGGUUUUGUGGAAGAUGCUGAGGACAUAUUCAAGAAGACGAUCGAGAAAGAUGUGGUGGUCUUUAAUGCCAUGAUUGAAGGCUAUAGCAAAUCGAUUGAGACUGCCAAGAAGGCCAUCGAGAUUUACAUAAGCAUGCAAAGAUUGGAUUUUAAGCCUAAUAAGUCCACAUUUGCCAGUAUCAUUGGAGCCUGUUCUCUAUUAUCAGCAUGUGAAGUUGGGCAACAGGUUCAAGGCCAACUCAUGAAGGCCGAGUUUGCAACUGAUAUCAAAAUGGGAAGUGCUCUUGUUGACAUGUACUCAAAAUGUGGAAGGAUUGAGGAUGCCCGAACAGUUUUUGACUGCAUGCCUGUAAAGAAUGUGUUUUCUUGGACUUCAAUGAUAGAUGGGUAUGGGAAGAAUGGUGAUCCAAGUGAAGCCCUUAACCUCUUUGGUCAAAUGCAAAACGUCUUUCGCAUUAAACCCAAUCAUGUUACUUUUCUUGGUGCUCUUUCAGCUUGUGGGCAUGCUGGGUUGGUUAGUAAAGGACAAGAAAUUUUUGAAAUCAUGGAGAAAGAUUACUCCAUGAAACCAAACAUGGAGCACUAUGCUUGUAUGGUUGAUCUACUGGGCCGAGCAGGAAGGCUAAAUCAGGCAUUGCAGUUUGUAAUGGCAAUGCCUGAGAAGCCUAAUACUGAUGUUUGGGCUGCAUUGCUUAGUUCUUGUAGACUACAUGGUGAUGUAGAGAUGGCAAGUAUUGCUGCCAAUGAGCUUUUUAAGUUAAGUCGUGAUGGUAGACCUGGAGCAUAUGUUGCAUUAUCAAAUACUUUAGCAGAUGCAGGGAGAUGGGACAGUGUUAGUGAUGUCAGGGUACUAAUGAAGAUGAGAAACAUAUCUAAAGAAACCGGUUCCAGUUGGGUUGGGACGGAUGAUGGUUUAGAGUGUCUGCAUGCUACACAGAAAGUUUGAACCAGUGUAAUAUACAAAGUGAAAGGUACUCCUCUAAUUGUUGUGGAAGUGAAUCUGAUUUUAAAUUUAUUAUCACACAAAGAUUAAUAGGGAAAAUUUCGCUUAUUUCGAU